CUUAUUUUAUUUGAGGGUCGAAAACUUAUUUCGAUCCAUCGUUAGGACCGGCAAAACAAAAACAAAACAAAACAAAAACUGUGUUUUAACAACAAGUAGUUAAGUAAAUUUUUCCUUUAUGUCCAAUAUUUUAACUUUCUUGAAUGUGAACGAAGCUGGAUGUGAAAAAUGACUGAGGAGGAAUACAUCGAUGUUGCUGUUGUGUGCCGUAUAUGCCUGACUCAGAGGGGAAAUGUUGAUAUUUUUGAACAUCAUGAGGAACAGGACACCGAUGGAUUACUUGUUGGUUAUUCUGUAGCUGAAAGAAUCAUGUCAUUCGCAUGCAUUGAGGUCCUCAUUGAUGAUGGACUACCGAAUCAAAUCUGCAACGGGUGUCUUUCGCAGAUUGAUUUAGCAUGCAGAUUAAAAGUCCAGUGUGAAUAUGCUGAUGCCACUUUACGACAGAUAUGCUCAGAAGAAAAUGUAGGCAACAAUACCAUAUGCUUUCUGACUCAUGGCGACAAUAAUGGAGAAGUAUCACGUGCAGUCGUUAAGCAUACAGAAGAUGAUUUAUCAACCGUGAUUGUGGGAAGUGAGUGUGAAGUACCUAUUAUUGUUUCAAUGGAUUCUGAUCAGGAAGGGCAGACAGAAAUUGAACACUUCAGCAAUUUGAUGGAGAAUCAAUCAGCUAAUAAGGAAAAUGAAAUAAGCCUUACUUCUCAUCAAAAUAAGCUUGUCAAAUCAAGUAAUUGUUUUUCUGAAGAAGUAGAAGACCAUCCUGAUGAGCAUUCUGACAUGAAAGGUAAAACCUUCAAAAUGCAAUCUACGUGUCCUGAUUGUGGGGAGUAUUUUCCAAGUAGAAACCAACUUGCUGCUCAUGCCCUCUCAAAACCUGGGCAUAAACCAUUUGUGUGUGGUCAUUGUGAUAAAGCCUUUGUACGCCCAAGUAGCCUCCGAGAGCAUGAAAAAAGACAUUCAGGGUCACAGGCUUUUCUGUGCAAUAAUUGUGGUCAGUUUGCUCCGUACAAGAAGUUGCAUUACUGCACAGUUGUUAAUGAUAAAACAAAUAAAAAAUAUUCUUGUGAUGUUUGUGAUAAGAAAUUUGUCAGUCAUGUUACUUUGUUUACUCACAAAAAAAGACAUGAAACACAAUCAAAAUACCAAUGUAGUGAAUGCCAUAAGUUAUAUUUUAGUAGGCAAGAGUUAGAAAGACAUGUGAGAGUUCAUUCGAAUGUUAGACCCUUCCAAUGUCCUGAAAAUGGUUGUGCUUUAACUUUUUUUUCUCAAGGCGAGUUAAAUAGGCACACUCGGUAUCAUAAGGGCAUUAAGAGAUUCUCUUGUGACGUGUGUGGAAAAAAAUUCUUUGAAAGUGGUCACCUGUCAAGCCAUGUACGUAAACAUACAGGCGAAAGACCUUACAUUUGUAAACAUUGCCCAAGGAAAUUUCUUGACAGCUCCAAGCUACAAAGACACAUGAAGGCACACAUGAAGCCACCAUCCAAACGAAGUAAAACAUGGGCAACAAAAGAAAAUGAUGAGACUGUUAACUUAAUUGGCUAUGAAGUGUCUUUAGAAGACAUGCGCAUUAAAAAUGAGCAUUGUGUUUGAUUGUUACGUUUAAUCACAACACGUUUAAUUUAAGAUAUUUUGCGACAGCUUUUUUGUCUCAUUUUUUUUCCUUUGCAGGAUUUUCUUUAUAAUGGUUUUGAAUGUCAAAUAUAUCAUUAUAACAGUUGGAUCUGGAAA